AUGCUAGGCUCUGAGCUGAUUGGUCCCCGUUCUUUGGAAGCGUUUUCACGAAGUUGCUGUUGCUCAGUACAGUGCCUAAAUACGAAGAACUCAGCUCAGAGUUCCGUCUUGGAUCGUGAACAGCUCAACGAAGAAUUUCUCGAGAGACAACCAUCACAUCUUCUGACACUCCCAAAAUAUUUGCAGUCCUCACUGCCCAUGAGAGCGGAUUUCAGCGUUGACAUAGGUCUGGCAAUAGAAAUCAUCGGGACUUUUUUCCUAGUUUACGAGAUCUACUCUGCCACUGAUGCUAAGCAUAAGGCCAAGAACUCGCAUGUGCCGAUAGGAGGCAUUGUGAUCUCGCAAGUGGUCGUUCCAUUGUCCAUCAGGCUUGUAAUUUUUGUUGUACAUCUGGCAAUCAUUCCCAUCACUUGUUGUGGAAUCAAUCCAACACGGAGCUUCGGCUCGGUGACUAGAGAUACUUAA